AUGGGUACAAAACGUUUGCAUAAUCCUGAUGUCGAACCUCUUCGUUUAUUCAUUACAGGAGGAGCAGGCACAGAACCUGAUGAAAAUAUUGACGAAAUUCAUACAUUGAUUACAGCUUUUACUGGUGCUGCAGCUGUCAAUGUUGGCGGAGUAACUAUUCAUAGUGCAUUCGGUAUUGGUACUCAGUCUAAUAACUUAAACGAUCAUUUAUCUUGUGACAAACUAAAUAGCUAUCGAUGUAAAUUACAUUCCUUAAAACUAUUAUUUGUUGAUGAAGUUUCUCUCAUUCAAGCAAAGCUUUGGGGUGCUAUGCAUGCUCGUCUUACUCAAAUCAUGGGUAUACGUUCCAAUACAGCUAUUUUCGGUAACGUUGGAAUAAUCGCUAUUGGUGACUUUUAUCAAUGUUCACCUGUUGCAUCUUCAAGUAUUUAUUCUUCUUUACUUAGGUCUGAUCAUUUUGAGUACAUCGAACUCAAAAUCAAUGAAAGACAAAAAACAAAUAGUUCUUUUUCACAAAUGUUAAAUCGUAUCCGAAAACUUUAA